AUGGCUAAACGUGCCAUAAAAGUCGGAAUCAUGGGUAAAUAUGGGACCCGUUAUGGUGCUUCCCGCAGGAAACCAGUGAAGAAGAUUGAAAUAAGCCAGCAUGCCAAGUACACUUGCUCCUUCUGUGGCAAAACUAAGAUGAAAAGACGAGCUGUGGGGAUCUGGCAUUGUGGCUCCUGCAUCAAAACUAUCGCCAGUGGCAUCUGGACCUACAACACUGUUGCCGUCACAGUAAAGUCUGCCAUCAGAAGACUGAAGAAAUUGAAAGACCAAUAG